AUGACCAACCCCAGCUCUGCCUUCUGCAGCGGCUCCCUGUGCUCCGGGGAGGCGUCGGGGAGGAUGAGCCGCGGCGGGGCCGCCGGGAGCCCGUGCCCGGAGCGCCGCAGCCCCGACGGCGGGGCCAGCGACGGGCACGGCUCGGUGGCCAGCGACGGGCACGGCUCGGUGGCCAGCGACGGGCACGGCUCGGUGGCCAGCGACGGGCACGGCUCGGUGGCCAGCGACGGGCGCGGCUCCCCGGGCAGCCUGCGCCGCUCGCCCUACUCGCCGUUCGCCGUGCCGGGGCGGCUGCCGCCCGCCGUGCGCCUGGACAUCGACACCGAGUUCCAGGCCGUGCGGCAGCAGGAGAAGGAGGACAUCAAAGUGCUCAACAACCAGUUCGUGACCCUGAUCGAGAAGGUCCAGAGCUUGGAGCAGCAGAACAAGAUCCUGACAACCAGGUGGAACUUCCUGAAGGACCAGGACAAUUCCCACUCUGACUCGGACAUCAAGGCCAUCUAUGAGCAGUAUGUGAGCAAAAUGAACCAGGAGAUGAAGGCGCUCAACUACGAGCAGGAAAACCUGGAGUCAGAGCUGACGAAGGUGCUGAGCACCAUGGACACCUUCCGGAGCAAGUACGAAGAUGAAAUUCGCCUCUGCAGCGGGAUGGAAUUCACCUUCAUGGAGCUCAAAAAGGAUCUGGAUGUGAGCACCUUGCACCGCACGGAGCUGGAGGUGAAGCUCAAAGGGCUCCAGGAGCUGCUGGAGCUGAAGAAAACCAUCUACGAACAGGAACUGGAGGAGCUACUGACGGAAAUCAAGGACAUUUCCGUGGUGCUGGGAAUCGACAGCUGCUCCCGGCCGGACCUGGGCAGGAUUGUGGAGGACGUCAGGGCCCAGUAUGAGGCUCUGGCCCUGCGGAGCUGGGAAGAGGCCGAGGCCCUCACCCGGAGGAAGCUCACCGACAGCAGCUCCCAGUCCGGCUCCUUUGGGGGACACCUCCUCGACAGCCGGCGGGAAAUCGCGGAUCUGAACAUCCGCAUCCAGAAACUCCGCUCCUGCAUCGUCUCCUUUUCCACACUUCAGUGCCUGUACCUGGAGGAGCACAUCCGCGAGGCUGGCGAGCAGGGGGAGGGGACCCUCAGGGACGCCAAGGCCAAGGUGGCUGGGCUGGAGGAGGCCCUGCAGCGCAGCCGGGAGCACAUGGCUCACCUGGUCCGGGAGUACCAGGAGCUCAUGAACAUCAAACUGGCCCUGGACGUGGAGAUCCUCACCUACAGGAAGCUCGUGGAAGGGGAGGAGAACAGGUGAGCCAGGAUUCCUCCGCCUCAGGUGGGGAAGAGAUGCACCAGCACACCCGGGGGGACAGAAUCAUGGAAU